AUGGCCGAAGCAAAAACGUAUAAUUUAAGGCUUCGUCAAACAGAACGCGUACUUAGCGCGCGUCAGGGCGCUAAACUGACGGCGCGCUAUGACGCCGAGAUGUGUUGUACUACUAUAGCGUUUACGGCUGUUCCUUCAACUUCACAGUAUGUAGUACAAGCAGUAGAACAUAUGUCAACGUCUACUAACCAACAAAUACGCCCUGACCUGAAUAUCCCUGACACUCCAAGAAAGCAAAGGCUGAAAAAACGAAUAAUUCAUUUAGAGGAUAUAGCAAAACGCCGCCGUUUACGGUGUAAUGCAUUGUAUGCAUCACGUAGACGUUUAAAGAAGAAGGUGAAGGACGUAUCUCGAAUGUUAAGUGAACUAAAAGAUAAAAGAUUAAUUAAUCAAGGAGAAGUCAACCUUCUCGAAGACUGUAAUGUAUCUGCAGCAGCACUUAUCAAGAGAAUGGUAAAAAAAAAGCAGUACUCACCUGAACUGCGCAAGUUCGCACUUACACUAUACUUUUAUUCUCCAAAAGCAUAUUCGUACAUAAGAAGUACAUUCAAUACGCGUUUGCCACACCCGAGUACGUUGAGAAAAUGGUACUAA